AUGGUAUCACCCAUUGGUCCGUGAAGUCACUAGUUAGCACACGCUGACAGACGCAACCAUCUUAUUGGCUGACCGCCAAUAACGUCAAACUAAUCAGAUAUGCUGUUAUGACUCUACGCCACUCGCACCAGCCAAGAGAAGGUUCCUGGCCUUGCUGCUUUUGUAGUACAGUGUGGAUUUACUAUUGCUCAAUCGCAUCUUUCACUUUGAGAGGCUCGUUGAACUUCAAUCCAUCGGCUUCUCUGGUGGUUUGAGGGAAGGUAUCCAAGCGAGAGGCUUUUCCAUACGGCACAUGAGUGUGCUAACAGAAACCUUUCGGAAACCUAACCGAAGCAUGCCGGUACUGAUGACCACUCCCUCGCCGUCCAGUCACGCCAGCUUCCCCGUUACCACCAGCGGUGGCGACACGGUCCACGCAGCAAGUCUUUCUCCAUCCAGGCCGGCGGAGAGGAUGCGGCUCCGGCCCUGGCUCAUCCGAAACAUCGAGGAGAAGACGAUACCAGGAUUAGAGUGGUUGGAUAAGGAGGAGAGACUAGUGAAGAUUCCCUGGAAGCACGCAGCGAGGCACGGGUGGACGUGCGACAAGGACGCCUCUCUCUUCCGCGCUUGGGCCAUUCAUACCAAAAAAUAUGAUCCAAUUUCCAACACUCCGAAGGCAAACCCCAAGAUCUGGAAGGCCAACUUCCGAUGUGCGAUCAAUUCCCUUCCCGACAUCUUGGAGGUGAAGGGUCAGGGCAAGAGUAAAGGGAAUGACGCUUUCAAAAUUUAUAAACUGAUCCCGAAAAAGGCCAGGAGAACCAGAACUCCUUCUGACGGAAAAACGUCACAGAAAAAAUCGGGUCGGCUGCAAAAGAGUCGAGUAGCGAGGCCUACAGAGAGACACAGACCGCAACCGUCGUCAUCACAGAUGUUUCCAAAGUCAAGUGAAAGUGUGUCAGCGGGAAGCCUUUCCCCAGAACAGUAUGUAAAUAGCCUUCUUCACAGUCGGUUACAUGGUUACCCUGCAUCUUUCUGGGACGAGCCCAUUCGGAAUGACAUCAGCCAAUCACAGCGGACAACAGAACAAUGGGGCCCCACUAUCACUUACACCAACCGCCAUUCACCAAUAAGGCACGACUUGUCCCUAUAUCCAACCCCACCGUCCUCAAACCAGAGCACUAACGACCCGCUCAACCUCAGCUCAGCCCACCCAUCUGAGGUGCCGGUCUCGUCUCCGCCCGCUUACCCCCACCAUGGGCGGGGGAUGUACCCGUCGCUCUACGCAAUCAGCAGCUCACGGAGGCACGAGUCGGCCGUUGGUUCCCGGGGUAGUGAACUGAUGGAGUACAUUGCCGAAGGGAGGCAAAGGACUGGCGAAAUCGUUAGCGCCGACGGUUACCAGGAACAGCUGCAUGAUGCAGAAAGCAAUUGCAGUAGCAUCCCUUCAGACGAGGAAAUUGUCGAUAUUGUGGACGACAUGACCAAGAACAGCCCAAUGAACAGUCCAACUCGGACAUCACCGUUCGAUGGCAACAAUAACAGUAACUCGUCAUCCUAUUGGCAGACAAGCACACUGGACAACAAGCACUUUCUAAGCGACGAGCGCAUGAUACCUUCGACAAGUGAAUUGUCGAUGAGACCACCCCCUCCUGAUUACAAUUCGUACCAGAACUCAAGCCACGCCUUCAAAGUGGAAUCAAGGGCAUCCUGUGAAUACAUGAAACCAGAGGUUUAUCGUGAUCUCACUGAAGGGAACAGAAUAACCGAGACAAGUUCAGGCACCUGCUUCUACGUUAUGUGAGCUCGGUCUCUCGCGUGUCGUCUGCUUGAUGUUUGAUCUGACAGCACUCUUGCUCUGCGGAACAAUGAAACGAUGAACCACCGAUACAACUUGCAUUAAGAUGUUGAUGCUUCCAAUGCCUGCUUUGUACACCAGCUAAAUGUUCUAAUGUGCAUUGUUUGGGCAUUGAAAUAACAAUAGUUUCGGCUGGCCGAUCUGUGUGAUGGUUGCAUGAAGAGUCUGAAGCACGUUGGCUGUCUGAUGUGAUCUUGUUCGCUUCUUGUGCUUUUUUUCCAUAUGGCGUUAGAUUUUAUGGCAUCACGUGCACCCAUUUAUGCUGGUUCUAGACUGAAUUUGGUUUCUGCAGUGUUUGUUCUUGUUUAAUCAAAGAAACUCGGCCCUGAAUUCUACAUUAGCCACAGUGAGCACGACCCUGCAUGGACUCUUGGGAAUAAAAUAUAACAUGUGGAUGUGUAUCUCUGUCUAGGGAAUGUAAAAACCGAGGUGGUCCCUGUUGCUUGUACAUUUACGGCACUUAUGUCUGCAUAUUGGUUUAUAUUGGAUGCUUUAGUAAUAUCUCAUGCAGUGAUCCUGUAUGGAUAGAAUGGCUUUGAAAUUGUUGAGUAUAUUAGUCUGGCGAAUUAACAUGCAAAUUUUUUCUGUGUCUUCAUUUAGACGAGUUGAAACCAGUUUGUACUAAGUGGUAACUUUGGUAUUGUGUUUGUUUGGGGGAGAUUUCACGCUUUAUGUCGGCAUUGAUUGAAUAUUGCCUCUUCUGUUCUUUAAAAUGAUCUCUGCAAUUGGUGCCAUGUCUUCUUAUGCCGAUUCCUAAUUGUAAAUAAUGCCAAAUAAAUAAAACCCGCACUGAACACUGAAACGAUGUUUACAUACAAAUUUAAGUCGUAUGUGAAUCUUAUAUCCUUAUAAGAAGCAACGCGCUUUGAAACAGCGUACGCACCAUGCUGUCAUGAAAAAUAUUAGAACUAGUCGUUUCCCACUUAACUGGAAUACUUUGAGCAGUUCUGAUUUGUUGUGAUUUGAAUGUUUUCAUUCGAAAGUCAUGUAGGACGUGUAGAAGGGCCAUAAACACAAACUGAAUUUUGUCCCUUUGUCUUCUUUCAUGGCCACUAUUCUUGUUCGAAAUAAAAUUUGGGGUCAUGACGUAUUUAGAUGUAUUUUUCGAUAUUCUUAUAUAAUGUGGCACAGAGUGCGUCCAAAAUAUUAUUUGUUGGCUAUGAAAGUUACUAGAUGUACAGUUAUUAAGAGAAACAACCAUACCCACUUUAACGAAUGAGUAGAUACUCAUGAAAAAUUGUCAUUGGAAGUCCGAUAAAGAACACUGUAAAUAGACUAUCUGUAUAUAAGAGAAGUAAAGUCCUUUCAAAUGUAAGAAAGUUUUAAAGCUCCCAUUUUCCCUUCCCAUUUUGUAAAUAAAACUUUUGCUACAUUUUCCAUGCUUUGGUCUUCGUCGGGAUUUCGUUUGAUUUUUUGUGACAAUUUAUUAUCUCUCAUAAAUAAUGGGUUGACAGAAUACUAGAUUUCUUUUGUGUGUGUAGAAAAUUUAAGCAGUCAAAAUAAUGACAGAAUCGUUUUCUGUUAAAAAAAAACUGUUGCUUUGAUUUUAAGAUAACAAUGUGAAAGUUUGCAUUGUUUGAUUUCAAGUAGACCCUGCGGGUCGGAAUAGUUUGAUUUCACCCCUAUGGUACGCAUAAAUUGGACUUCGCCGUUACGUCUAGGCAAUGAAAUUGAGGUAUUGGUCCACGAUGGAGAACUGUCGACUUUGAUUGAGGUUAAUUUUGUUAGCCGUUUUGGUGAAAUUAUGUAAUCGUCUUUGGAUGAUCAUUUUCAAUUUCAAGAUUAUAUUUUUUAAAAAUUUUCUUGCAGUUUUUAGGUGUAGUUGUGACUGUUGUAUUGUCAAAAUGUUACCUUUUAUGAUAAACAGUUUUUUGAAACAAUUCAUUUUGAAAUGAGUACCGUGCCAAUCCAUUCUUUAUUUUAAACUGUUUGGGGAAACCUGUAAUGACAAUGAUACGGUACUUCCGUUAGUAUACAUUUGAAUGUUUAUCUGACUAAUUGACUGAUAUUAUGCUGUGGGUUUUUCUCAGGCAAGGAAGUGAACGGAUGAUUUGGAUGAAUAAAGUCGCAUUUUGUGAAAUUAUA